GGGACUAGGGAUUAUUCUAAAUAAUGAAAUAUUUUACAACAACAUGAAAAUAGACAAUAGAAAUAGCAUAUUACUAAUAACUGUUUACCAGUGGUUAUAUUUAUUUUCUUUUUUACAUGAGAAUCAAACUCAGAUAAACAUAUAAAUACUCUCAUUAUAUAAAAAAUAAUGUCUGAAUUAACAUGGAUCGCUAUAACCUCUUCAGCCCUUGCAAUUUCAAUAGCUGGUGUUAUCUAUUAUGCAUUUAAAAGUAAACAUCCACGUUAUGCUGUGGAAGCUUUUAAUUAUUUAACUAUAAGAGUUGUUCAUAAUGUAGAGGACUGCGAAGAAAUGGUAAACGAAAUUCGGAGAAGGUGCAUUACCCACCAAGCUGUAGGUUUUGAUUGUGAAUGGGUGACUGAACAAGGAAAGAGAAAGCCUAUAGCCUUGGUUCAAAUAUCUACAUUUGAUGGAUAUUGUUGUCUAUUCCGUUUAAAUAAAAUUAUGUGUGUUCCAACAUCUUUAAAGAUUUUACUUGAAGAUGAAAAAAUAUACAAAGUUGGAGUAGCUCCAGUAGAUGAUGCUAAAUAUGUAGCUGCAGAUUAUGGUGUUUUUAUUAAAUCAACAUUAGAUAUACGACACAUUGUUCAGCAAUAUGGAUAUGAUCCUGGAGGAUUAGCUGCAUUAUCAUUGUCUCUUCUUGGUGUUAAACUGGAUAAGACAUGGAGAAUUCGUUGCAGUGACUGGAGUGCAGAUGAAUUAACAGAACGACAAGUGAGUUACGCUGCGGCUGAUGCACAUGUUGGUAUAAAAAUAUUUGUUCAAAUAAUGAACAAGAAGUUUCAAUGGAAUUGGCUGUCACCAAAUUCAGGAAGUUGCAUUAAUAAAGAUAAAUUAUGCAGAAAAUAUGCUGAUGUAUGUUUUAAAACUAAAGCUGUGAAGAAAGUAAAGAAUGGUGUUAAAAACAAAGAAAAAACUUUAAAUAAAGACAUAGUCAAGAGGUACCCAUAUGCAACCAGAUCUAAGCCACUCUACCACAAUUGUUUCCUGCAAGCACCUGAUGGUGAAUUGCUAUGUACAUGUGAUACAAAAAAAGCUAUAUGGUAUGUGGAAAAACAUUUAGCUGAUGUAGUAACAGAAGAUCCCCUGACUGUAAGACUACGAUUUGAGCCAGCUGGCCGAUCAGUUGGUGAUGUAGGAAAAUAUUAUCAGCUGACUAAGCAAAACCAUUGUGUAGUGUGCGGUGAACAAAAUUCUUAUAUACGGAAGAAUGUUGUACCGAGGGAGUAUAGGAAGUAUUUUCCAGAGGUGAUGAAGGACCAUUCUUCUCACGAUGUUCUCCUCUUAUGCGUGUCAUGUCACCAACGGAGUAACAUGCUGGACCAGGCUCUUCGAGAACACCUGGCACGUCUGUGCGAUGCGCCCUUUGCUGAUCACGAUAAGGCCAAAUAUGUAGAAGAUGCUGAGUGCAAUUACCAUUAUUACAGAAAAAUUCGAUCAGCUGCCCGUGCAUUAUUAUACCAAUCGAAGAAACAUAAUCUUCCGGAGUCGCGGCGUAAAGAGCUAGAAGAUAUAUUACUUCUGCAUUAUCCCCAGUGCGAUGAGAUCACUGAAGAUCUACUUGCCGAAGCCGCCGAAAUUUCUGUCGUCAUUGAAAACGCAGACUACGAAUGCCAUGGGUUUAAAGUGACAGAAUACUUUUUACAACGCGAAGGCUUGCUUCGUCUGGAAGAGAUUUGGCGAGAACACUUCCUACAGACUAUGAAGCCUCAUUUUAUGCCUGAACUGUGGUCGGUCCAACACAAUGAAGAGAGGUUGCGUGUUCGUUUAUCUGAAGGUCGCUUAACAGAAGAUGAAAUUAAAUUAAUAGGAGCAAAAACUUUAAAAUUCGAUUGAUGCGAAUUUAUUUUUAUAAAUUGUUGGUUUUAGUUUGUAAAUAAAAUAAUAUGAGCGCUGGUACCCUGGAAUUUCCAAAACGAUAGCGAUCCCGACUUUAAUAUUUAGUAUCACGUUUGCGUCACUAAAUGGAAAUUUCGUAUCGACGUUAGGUGACGUCAUAUUUGUAUUGUAUAUAAAUUUAACAGCCAGUAUUGGUUUGAAUCGUGGAACUAUUGAUUUCAUUACCCCUCUUGGAUUUGUUUUAAUCUUCUAAACAAGACAGUUUAUUAUAGUCAUUGGUCAUUACAUUUCAAUAACGAAACAUCGAAAGUGUAAAGAUGUACAUUUCCUAUGCCUUGAUUUAGUUAACUUAGCUUCGUUAUUUGGUUUAUUGGCUAAUGGCUAAACAAAUUAAUAAAAUAUUUGUUUCAAUG